CUUUGCCCUUCCCGAGUUCAGCGUCAUGUUACUUCAGGCUCGUCCUACGGUGGGCUCUCCCAUGGUUACCAUGGCAACCCGGACCGUCCAUAUGAGCCACCUGCUUCUGACUCGGGAAAGCGUGUGGAAGGGGUUCCACACGCUAAAAGGCCCUGAUAGAUUCCGGAGCCGAGGGGAACUUCAUUAAUGAGCAGCUGGCCAGACGACUCCAGAUCCCGUUAGAAUGCCUGGAGAACCCAAUGAGACUGUCAGCGGUGGAUGGGACCCCAGUUGGACAAGGAGCCGUAUCCCACACCACCACAUCAGUCAAGCUGAACGCUACCAACCACCCAUCAUGCCCUGGACAGCCGAACCCUCUGAUAUUCCCGCGGUUGACGAUUGGAUGCGUCGGAGCGAGGAGGUGUGGGAGGAGACUCAUAGGCGCAUUGAGGCUGUUCUACAGCGACAGAAACAGCAGGCAGAUCGCCUGCGCCGCGAGACCCCCCUCUAUUCUCCCGGGGAUCGGGUUUGGUUAUCGACCAGGGAUUUCCGGCAGCCAGAUAUGCAUAAGAAGCUCUCAGCUAAGUAUAUUGGUCCCUUUAAGAUUAUCAAGAGAAUUAAUGAGGUCACUUAUCGUCUCGACUUACCGUCUCAUUAUCGUGUAUGCCCUUCUUUUCAUGUUUCUCUGCUAAAGCCGGCUAUCCCUGGUCCAUUGGAUGAGACUUCGCUUGGGGCACCUCCUCCUCCUCCAGUGGCUAUGGAGGGUGGUCCAGUUUAUGCAGUGGAACGAUUAUUGGACUCCAGGCGGAGAAGGGGGACCCUGGAGUAUCUUGUGGACUGGAGGGGUUACGGACCAGAGGAGAGAAGCUGGGUGCCGGCAACUGAUGUUCUGGACCCUUUGAUGGUGGAGGACUUUCAUCGGUCUCAUCCGUCCCGUCCUGCACCACGUCCCAGAGGUCGCCCUAGGAGACGGUCUCCGGUUCCACGAAGGGGUAGACGUCGUGGUUCGGACUCGGUCCAUUCCCUCAGUUCCGUCCGCGGCUCCGGAAGGGGUCGUCCUAGGUCCAGGGUCUCUGUCCAUCCCGUUCCCGCUUCUGGACGGCCUGUCCAGGUUGCCACUGGGGGUGGUGGGGUUGUUUCCUUGUGUCGUCCUCGUCCUUUGUUACCUUCGGACUCUUUGGAGGGGGCUAAAAUAAACAUCGUCUUAGCCGAGGUGUGGGCCUCCGGUCCCCAGCCUCUGUGA